GCAGGGGCAGUCAGUCAGUGGAGCGGCGUCAUCUCAACAGCUGCUUUCCCUCCCACUAGCCCACCCCACACAUCAUUUGGGGAAAAGGAGAGGCUUCGCUGCCUUCUACUGCACUUCAGGGUCGUGUUCCGUUAGACCAGGCACGGAGAGGCCUUUUGCUGCCGUUACUCUGGCAGGAAGAACCCGCGGCAGCCACCCUACUCGCUUCCCGCCGAUGUUUUUUCCCUCGUUGCUUCACUGGACGUACCUCACAAUGACUGCAGACGCGCGACGUAGAAUGUGACCAUUGAAGUUCUUUUUUUUUUUUUUUUUUUAAAUUCUCUGUUCCCGCCUCUAACCGCUACUGUUUAUAUUUGAGGAGAAAUUACAGGCAUUCGCUAUAUAACGGAAGAAGGUGCGAAAGUAGCGGUCUCAGUGCUAGUACCACAGACAAUUCACGGGAGAUAAAGCCUUAUGUGUACAGUGCCAGACAACAAUAGCUCCUGACGGAUGGAAGGAGGGGUUUUGCUCCACGAAUUCAAGAUGGAAAACGAAGAAAUGCGCCCAAGUUCUUGCGAGUAGCGCGAGGGGAAGUGAAGAGGUGGUUUACCGACGGUUUUUUGGUAGUGCUGGAGGGAAUGAUGGCGCGCGGUGCGGGUCGACAGACGGCGCGCGCAUCUUUCUACUCUGUCACAGAGUGAGAGCACAGAGACAUCAGUCUGAGGAAGCAGUCGUCCUUCAGAAGGGAACUGCCCCAAAGCAUGACCGUCUGUCACUGGGGAGGGUCAGAGAAACGCAUUCCUGCAACUCUCAUGAACAGUUUGUCAUCCCCCUCGUAGGUCCACCUGCGGCCCAGAACACACCCAUCUGCCAGCUCAGAUAACCCUCAGGCUGUUUGCAACACAUGUUUGAUGUGAUUGGUUGUGACCGCCGCGCUUUGCUAAGCAGCCCCGCUCUACAUCAUGCAGUGGCGUCGGCGACACUGCUGCCCCAUCAAGAUGACCUGGAAUGUCAAGCGGUCACUCUUCCGCACACAUGUAGCAGGCCUUCUCUCGCUGGCCUCACUCUUCGCCCUCUUUCUCAUCUACUGCCACCAGGAUUUGCUGCAGGGCCGGAGUUGGUUGCGAGACAACCCCUUGGUUUACACCAUGCGGGGUUUGCGCCCCCACAAGGAGCGUGCGAAGGGAAACCAAAGCUCUCUGAGAAGCCUCUGGAAAGACAAUGGUUAUGUGCUCCCCAAACCGUCUGUUAACUUCAAUUUCAGUUCUCACCAGGCAGAGAUCACUGCCCGGGGUAUUGUGGGAUUGGAGAUCUCGCCGAGCGGGAACAACUCGAGCACUAACGGCAACACCAAGAGCUUGCACAGGGAAAUGGGCGUGGGAGGGCGUCUGGCAGCCCAGCCUUAUCACUGGCUGCUUAAUGAGCCCUACAAGUGCAACGAAAGCAGUCCCUUCCUGGUUUUGCUAAUUGCUGCCGAGCCAAGGCAGUUGGAGGCAAGGAACGCCAUCAGACAGACCUGGGGCAACGAGACCGUGGCCUUGGGUUACGGGUUCGUGCGGCUCUUUCUGUUGGGAAGGAUACCGAAUGCGUAUCCCCAGAGCUCCAUUGAGGAGGAGAGCUUGCAGUACCAUGACAUCAUCCAGCAGGACUUUUUGGACACCUAUUACAACCUUACCAUCAAGACGCUAAUGGGCAUGAGCUGGGUUGCUCGCUAUUGCCCGCACGCCCGCUAUGUCAUGAAGACGGACAGUGACAUGUUUGUCAACACAGAAUAUCUCAUCCAAAAGCUGCUAAAGCCAAACAUGGCACCUCGACAGAAUUACUUCACAGGCUACCUAAUGAGAGGCUACGCUCCCAACCGCAACAAGGACAGUAAGUGGUACAUGCCACCAGAGCUGUAUUCCAGCGAGAGAUAUCCUAUCUUUUGUUCCGGGACGGGCUAUGUGUUCUCGGGGGACAUGGCGGCGAAAAUCUACAAUGCCUCGUUGAGCAUUCGUCGCCUUCACCUCGAGGAUGUGUAUGUAGGAAUCUGCCUGGCCAAGCUGCGGAUCGACCCAGUGCCACCACCAAAUGAGUUUCUCUUCAACCACUGGAGAGUGUCGUACUCCAGCUGCAAAUACAGUCACCUGAUCACCUCUCACCAGUUCCAGCCCAACGAACUCAUUAAAUACUGGAGUCACUUGCAAAGCAACAAGCACAAUCCUUGCCUUAACAUGGCGAAGGAUAAGAGUGGGCGACCGCGCCAUAGGAAGUUGCAGUGGGAAGGUCUUCGGUGAUUAGCCAGGGCUCAGGGUGCAGUAGAGUUACCACAGCAUGUGCAAAAUUCAGCAGUUUAUGAGGUAGGGAACAGCACAGUGUUUUUGGUAUUGUGAAUCAAAACUAUUUUUUUAAUUUCAGAGAGAUGUUAUGUAUUGUAAUCCUGUUUUUUUAAAGGGAAGUGAGAGACAUCUACGUGUGCAAUAUCUAGCAUGCACAACAAAAACCAUCCAAUGGCGAUACCGCCAUUUUCAGGUGCCAAUUAACCAAGACAUAUUAAGAGGUUGCCGAACUUCCUCUUCAAGCUAAUGUUCGAGUGGUAUUACUAAGGGCCAAUUUCAUUGAGAUUCUCACUGUUUCUGUAUACAAAAGAAGAAAAAAAAUCGGGAAUACCAUAUGGUGGUGUAUCUGUACUGUGACACAUUUGAUUCUCAAUGAUGUCCACCCCUGACAUUAUGAGAUGUUGAUUUUUCUAUCUACCUACAACCUGCAAAUGGUUUACAGUAACCAAACCAAAUUAAAAACAGUAUGUGUAAAAUAAAAUAUAUGGAAUUUAAUUGCAUCAUAGAUGUCAGAUACUAUUAAAAUAAUAUUUUUCAAAGCUUUACAAUGACUAAAUAUACAGGUCUGCCCUUGAUUAGGGCAAGUUAAAACUAUUUAUUAAAUGUAUUUCUUAAGCACAUUGUCUCAGAGGUGUGGUCUCUUCCAGUGUUAUUCAAAUUAUGUGACAUUAUCCAAAUACUAUGUUACUCAGCCUGAACAGAAACCCCAUUUUACAAUGCAUUUAUUUAGAUCCGAACACAUUUUACUAAACAAAUACAAUAAAAAUGUGAUAACCCACAAACAGACAAUGAAAAACUUGAGUUGAAAGCAUUUUUUUGGUUACCUAAGUGACCCCCAGAAAAUUGUCAGUGGCAGGGAUGGGCAGUAUUUCAAGUACAUGUAUUUAAAAUACAUAUUUGAAAUACAAAAUACUAUUUUGUAUUUAAAUACCUUUUAAAAAAUCAAAUGUAUUUUGUAUUUAAAUACAUUUAAUCUUAGUAUUUUUGUAUUUUCAAAAUACAUAAAAUACUUUUUGCCAAUCGCCCUCUUUAUUAGACUGCUGAUUUCCUGUAUCAACUAGUUCAAACAUGACACUUUCAUGCAUGUGAAAUGCAGCUGUAUAACACCAUCUGGAAUUGGGUAAUGACAUUUUCUGGAUUCCUGUAAGGAAAUAAGGAAUAAUACUGCCUUCGUGUGCUAUCAAAAUUUCCUAUUUCCAAUUUCAGAAGUCCUGAAUACAAGCAUGUCGCAUUCAAGUGCUUUGGAAAAAAUCGGAAUCGUGGAGGGCGCCAGGUUUUCUGGGGAAAAAAAGCCAAAAUCUUAGAUAUUUAAGAUAUUUAAUUUUGAAUAAAAUGUAGCAUUCCAUUUGUUGACAACUAUAUCAUCAUUCACAGUGCCAUAUUUAUAGUUAGCUUGUUGAUGAUUCUGGAUUUUCAGUCAAAUACAUGCUGUUUUGCUGUGUAUAAACCAUACAAAAUGCUUGAAAUGGUUAUUGCACUACUAUGUGCAUGACUAUGACUUUAAAACAAGGUGAUCUUGCUUUUGUGGGGAAAAAAAGCAUACCUGUCCCAGCAGGUAAAAAAGAGCACUAGCAAGGGGAACAUAGCGUUAGCGCUAGUCUUGUUAGGACACAACAAAAUACAAUAGAACUUCUUAUAAUCAGUGAUGCUGUCUACACUGGAUGUGGCGUAGCGCGACACGACAAAUCCCCGACAGUAAACUGCUGACUCGUUCUAUUUAUGACAUACUGACACAGUUCAAAUGAUUUGCAAUACUUUGUCGCGUCCAGUGUAGAGAUACUACGUGACUGCAAAAACAUAGCAAGUGUGAAGUAAAGAAAAGUGGACAUGGAAAAUAGAUGAUUCAAAUGUGAAUGGACUGAAGUGUUUUGAGUGAGUGAGUGAGUGAGUGACUGAUAUCAUCUUUGUUAUGGAUGUUGGUUCGCAGUGAGUUCACAGUUUUAACGUAAGUUUGCUUAAAUUUCUUUUCAAGAUCUGAGGUAAAAUAUCUAUUGUUGCUUUCACUAUGGCUAUAAACCUCACGCAAAAUAAUAUCCAAACUCACAUUAGACACUUUUAACGUUGAAUAAAGCACAUAAUCAUUACCUGAGAUUAUCACUGUCAUAUUUUGUAUGUUGUUCCUGCCGCGACGUCGCAGAAAAUAAAGAAGAACAUUUCUAAAAUAGAAUUCCGUGUCACUUAUUGUCACGUGUCGCUGUCGCGGGUGGCUAGGACAAAAAUUACAUGGAAAAGACACUUUUUGUCGAGUUGCGUCACGUCUCGUUGGGACACACAUUGCUACAGUUUGAUCCCCCCCCCCCCCCCAAAAAAAAAUCUAUAAAAUAACUGUUCCAUUAUCCGGCACGGUUAGCGAUCACACUACAUGUGUACCGCACCUGAGCCACCUCUUCAAGCGGCCCAGGGCAUGGUUAGACGAACCGCACUGGACACGGUACAGAGCAGUCACACUUGUGAAAUGAACUGGACUUUGGGGGUCAAUCGCGCUCAAGCAUGGAUCAGAUCCCCUAGUGUGAGUACAUCCUAAAUCUGAGUGAAAGCCACCCAGCUUUAUAUCAACUAAUCAAUUUGCAUUGUUAAAAGCGCUAUACAAAUAAUAGUGACUUGACUUGAAUUGACUAGAUGACACAACUGCAUUGUAUACACUAAUAUAGUUAUCUUUAUAAUUAUCGUUCUUGGUGUAAACAGGCCUUAAUAGUGUUACUUCACUGGAUGGCCAAUUUCACAUGUAUUUUGUGUAUUUUCAAAAUACAAAAUACUGUAUUUGUAUUUAAAUACAUUUUGAUGUAUUUGUGCCCAUCUCUGGUCAGCGGCAUAAAUCUUGACGGGAGACUGUAGAUCUGAUCAAAUAAACAUUAUUGGAAAUAAUUCACUUCUAAUUGACUUUUACAGACAGUUGCCUCCUUCAUUUGCGAAAGUAAAAAUGUCUUAGUUGUCAAAAUUUGCAUAAUUCAUGCAAAUUUCAAAACAUUAUGGAGAAAUAUCAACAUUCGAAUCACCAUUAUGCACUCAUUAAAUUAAAAUGAGACUUGAAAAAUCCCAGAAUCAGUCCCCAGAUGGAACCGAAGACUAAUGCGUUAAUGAUAAAGUAGAUAGUGUUGCUCUGGGUCAAAAUAUAUAAUUAGUGGGGGGGCUUCACAACACAUUAGCUGAGAGUAAUCCAAUUAAAUUGAUGCUGGCAACAUUUGAAGGGUUUAUUUAUCAUUUUCAUUACUCAUUUGUCAGUCUAAUUUUAAUUAACCACAUAUUCAAGUGACUACGAUAAGUGCUAGAUGCAGAAUUUGUGCAUCAAUUACAGGUGACUCAGAAGACAUUUCAGUGUACCCUUCUCACAAAUCAUAAGCACUUGAGUUUCACAAUAUAACAAUUAUUGUGACAUAAACGAGUCCCUUCAUUUCCAGACCUUUACUUGUUGGAAAACUUUAGUAAUUACUAAAAACAGACUUUGACAGAGGAAACAGUAUCUGCUUUAAAGAUAAAAGAUGGAAAUUUAUCUUGCAGUAAGAAUGGAACAAUUUUCUUGCACACUCUUAACGUUUCAUGACACUUCUGUGUUGUAUAAAUAUAGCAGCAAAAAACAGGAAGUGGUAAAGUCUGAAAAAAACUCACAAGUUCAUGGACUGGAAUAACUUGAGAAUGUUGCAGUUGUUUAUCUCACAAUGCAGUCACUGUUUUACCAUUUAAAGCAGAUCAUUUGAUAAGUAAUAUGGAGUUCACAAUAUUGUGGCACAGUGAGUCAGUUCAUUUCCAGGCCUAUACUUGUCCUUAGAAAGUUUGGUUCCACCUCCACCCAGAAAUACUAAAAACAGACUUUGACAGUGGAAACAGCAACUGUUUUGAAGAUAAAAUGUGGAACUUUAAUGGAAUGGAAUCAUUUUACUUGCAAGCUCUUGAGAUCACUUCUGCCUAAUAUAAAUACAGUACCAAAAAUAAGAAGUGCUAAGGACUAGCAAACUUGUUUAUGAACUGCAAUAACAUGAGAAAUUUGGUGCAGUCGUGCAUCUAAGAAAAUAUUUUGUGAACACGAUUUUAUGCAGCAUAUGGACUAUAAAUAAAUCACUAUAUUUAAUGUUCAAACUGUCCCAAGCAUCAGGAGAUUUCUAGGACCUCAUUGCUUUAGACCCUAAAACCAUCUGUUAAGAAUUAUGUUCUUGCUAGACAGAAGUCAAUUCACACAGCAACUUGCAAUUCCAGUGCAUUGCAAUCCGUUAAAUCCUCAUCUGUUGUUAAGCAUUUAUCUCCCUCAAUUAAUAGGAAUCAAAGUCGUGGCCAAGGGCGAGAGAAUAUAACAAACAGAAGCAGCUUUCAUUCUGCCACGCUGCAUGCAAUCACAGAGAAAGAUUAGCACACUUCAUCCACAACACUUUGUCCCACUGAUUUACCAGAGAGAGAGAGAGAGAGAAACCAGGAAAAAAAUAACUUGGGGCGAGUGAUGAAUGAACAGGAAAGAGGCUGUGACUGAUCAGUAUUGAAAACCUGUGCUGCUCUAAACGUGUGAAAAGUGAACCUGGGAAAAGAACUCUGAUGUCCACCAUGAUGGAGUGGGUCGCCAAAAGCCCGAACCCAGAGACGUGUUUCCAGAAAUAUAGCGAGUACCAGAGUAUGAUGAAUGUCCCAAUAGCGCCAAAAGCCUAUAGCACAGCAAUGAGAUUGAAGAAGAGAAAUUCUCGCUGAAUCAUAGGGUGUAAUUUUGCUUGUUCAUGUUUUGAUAAGUAAACAUAUAAAAUGAAUUCAGUCAAAUUAUUCAAGUGGUGUCAAUAUUUUAAGGUCUGAAACAGUUUUAUCAGUGUUUUUUAGGUAUGGUAAUUCCUGAGCCCACGUGCUUCAUUUUUGAUCCCAGUGAUUUUGAGAUGUUGGCACCUUUCAUGUGGAAACAGGUGAGGAAUUCAGGGUCAUUGUUGGGACAUGUACAACACAGUGCUUAAACUCUCCUUUGUACUCAUUAAAGGGAGAGUUCACCCAAAAAUGAAACUUACCUAAUGAUUUAUUUAACCUCAGGCCAUCCGAGGUGAAUAUGACUUUCCUCUUUCAAAAGAAAACAAUCAAGAGUUACUUUAAAAAAUGUCCUGGCUCUUAUAAUGGCAGUGCAUGUUGAGAUUUUGAAGCCCAAAAAAGUGCAUCCAUCCAUUAUAAAAGUAUUCCACACAGCUCCGGGGGGGUUAAUAAAGGCCUUCUGAAGCAAAGCGUUUGUAUUAGAAAAAUAUCCAUAUUUAAAACUUUAUAAACUGUAAUCUGUAGCUUCCUCUAACUGCUAACUGUCGUACACGCAUUCAUGACAGAGUGGCAUUCCGUGGGAUGACGUAGGCGUAGCAUAAGGUACGGUGAGAAUAUGCAAAACCAAGUUUUGAUUACAGCAAAGGAAAAUCAGUCUCUUCUUGGCUUAUAUCGAAAUCCUCUGAUGUUAAUAAUUCGUAAUUCAUGACUGGUGUUCACCUACGUCAUCCGCUGGAAUGCUACUCUCGUGAACAUGCAUGUAACAGUUAGUGGAAGCUAGAGAUUACGUUUGAGAAUAUUUGGAUAUUUUUUUCUUAUACAAACACAUCGCUUCACUUAUUAACCCCUGGAGCCGUGUUGAGUGCUUUUUAUGAAGGAUGGAUGCACUUUUUUGGGCUUCAAAAUCUCGACCACCAUUCACUGCAAUUAUAAAUCUUGGAAGAGCCAGGACAUUUUUUAAUAUAACUAAAAUAUACAUCUAGGAUGGCUUGUCAAUCAUGAGGUAAAUCAUUUUCAUUUCUGGGUUCACUAUCCCUUUAAAUAACCACUGUUGAACCACAGCCUGGUAUUUCAAUAAUCAAGGUAACAAGACCUGUUGUGCGAGUAAACGUACCUUUUUAAUGGAAAUAACCGGCAAGACGGAUUAGCAAGAGUGCUUUAUCUUUGCAAGGCUACCAGACCAUGGAAUAUUUAACGUUUAAGAACGUUGUGAAGAAUUUCAGUCAAUUUAGCUAAACUCACUUUCCUCAUUAGCUCAGACACGUUCAUUCAGACAACAAAUGGGAGCAGCAUAUGAAUAUAAACCUGUGAAUACUACAUCGGCGUCAAUUACAUGAUGUGCUUUUGUCCAUAAUAGUUUAUUCAAAAAUUCAUUAAAAUUCAAUUGGUGCAUACAGUGACUUGAAUAAGCUUCUUCUAUGAUGAGCAUGUUUUUAAUUUCUGAAUGAAUAUUCAUUUUUAUAUUUUUGGGGGCCAUAAAUUGAAAAGGGUGAUACUGUCCUGAACCCAUAAUGGAGAAAAAAAGCGUCAUUAACAAAAAAAUAAAAAUAAAAAUCACAAAAAUAAAAACUGAUGACGACUAGACACUAAACUUUUCUCCGUUUUUCCUUUUCUUUAUAAUGGACACUCUUAUUUCCCAUUGACUACCUCGUUGUGAUGAAUAACCUACAAUAGAACUGAGCAAUGCAGGAUUACUUUUUUGCAAAACAAAUCCAAUUCUACUCCACCCUGAACCCGAUAGAAAAAAAAAAUGUUCCUCGUGGAUGUUUGCCAAAGUAGAACUGUAGUGAGGAAAGAUAGUCCUACACCAGCACUUAAGACAAUCUACUUUAAGGAGCACAACACUGCACAAUUUCUCAGACCAGUAAUGGCUAUGUUUUCCGGGAGAUGUCCGAAUGGAAAAAUCAAUGUGUUGAUCUGUUUUGAGGUGUAGAAGCUGAGAAGGACUUGCUUUCAUGAUAGCAACACUGCUAUAAAAGGCUCUUGAAAAAGCUGACGAGGAACAGACCCCAACGCUAUUUUUGACCACAUAACAGGCAGCAACAAAGGCCCAUCCUUUAUAACCCUCAUACCCCUUUAUCUGUUAAAACACACCGCAAACAAGCUUUAGAUCCAACAUAAUGGCCUCCAGUGGCCAUUUGUUACUUCUGGCUAAAUGACUUGUUGCCUCGGAGGAUCAUUCACACUAUAUGAACCUUUUGUAACCCAAUGACAAGCUCACAUUGAUUUCAUUUUUUUUUUUUUCAUCAAAUGUCAACGACGACUGAUGGUUGACAUUUGUUGUAAAUAUUCCAAACAUUGGCUUUCUUCCACAAUGUCCUGAUUCUGGCACCAGAUAGACAGGGUGAUGGAGUACAACUGAUUAUCAUGGACGUUGUGUUAUCAAAACCAAACACAUAAGAGAUCUUCAUCAACGGAAGAUUAUUUACAAUUAGCACAAUUAAUGGGUGCAUAUCUUUGUGUAAUUUCUCAUAUCCACCUACUCCGAAGCAAUUUUACUCAGGAUAUUAGAUGAUAAUAGCUGUAAAAUGAGAUUAUAUAGCAUAAGUUUUAACAGAAAAUCCAUUAGAAAAUGGACAUUUAACUUUGUAUUCAUUUUUGUGUGUGAAAAAAAAUCCAUACUGCAACAUGAAAAGGCAUACAAGUAUACUUCUCAGUCAGUUGUUAAUUAUUCAUAAAAACUGAAUAUUCAUAAAUAUUGAAUAAAUAUUCAUUUGAGCCUGACUCAAACCUUGAAUAUGACAUGCAUUUUUAUUUUUACUGUUAUGCAACAACAAAUAUCUUGAAAAUGAAUCUCGGUUUAAUGAAAACCUGACAGAUCUCCUCACAUUUGCAACAUUAAAAUCACAUCUUAAGAGUCCAUGAUAAGAAAUAUGCUUUAAAAUGGUUCAAAUUUCAAAGAUUUUGUUGGCACAGCGGUUCAAACACUUCAAGUUCGCAUUAAUUUUUUAUCGUGCUUUCGAUUGAUUUAGUGGUCAGCAGUCUGUGCCAAAGCGACAAACCCUGACCAUUUCUGUUUACAGUGAAUUCAUAAUUUAUGAUGCUUAUAUUAAUGUGAACUUGAGAUCACCAUAAUAGCUCAAACUCUCUGAGAACGGCAUGAACAAUCACAUAAAUGAAAAUCCCCACAAUGUUAAUGUUUUUAUUUUGUCACGUUUUGAUACACUCGACCGCUCCCCUUUAAAAAUACCCAAAAGGAAGAACCCUGCUAUUCUUUCCUGUCAUUUAUCAUAUUGGAUAAGCAUAUUCAUCAUCAAAAAGAAAAAAAAAAGCAUGCUGCCGUAUUGCUGGGGGGUCUUAGAGCUUUACAUCUCACUUCCCAUGAAACACUGUUUGUAUGAGUGCACAUGGUAACAGCAGACUCCUCAACAAAUGCAAACUGUCAACUGGAGCAAGACUCCAGGGUUGACUGCUUCCCUAGCAUGUGUAAUAUAACCAGAUAGACAGCCAGUAUGUCAAUCCGGUAUGUCGUGCAGAACUUGAGGAAGGCAUCAGGGGUUCCCUUGAGGUCUGUAAAAGGCCUCUAAUGUCCACAGCUUUCAUUAUGCGCUCUGGAGGGAUUUCACUUAAGCUUGUUGAGAAGUGAAACUCAGGAACCAUAUCCAGAACUGUUCAAACAAGUUCAGUCAUGCACAACAUGUCAUAAAAAUUAAUAAAAUUAAUGAUUUUCUGAAAAAGUAACUGAAGCAAACCACUAAGAAGUGCUUCUUUAUCUGAUCAUGUGGACCCUUUGUAAAUAAACCUUCUUACAACACACACACACACUAUAUAUAUAUAUAUAUAUAUAUAUAUAUAUAUAUAUAUAUAUACAUUGCCCUCCAAAAGUAUUGGAACAGUAAAGACAAAAUUGCUCUGUUGGCUGUGGAGUCAAGACAUUUAAAAAUAUGAUUAAAAGAUGACUAUGAGACAAAACUACAGAAUGUCACAUUUUAUUAUUGGGUGAUUCAACACAUAGAUGUUUUACCAGCUGAGAAGUUCAGCACUUUUAGAGUUUCAUCCCUCUAUCUGAUGUGAGCAUAAGUAUUGGAACAGUUGCCUCACAGGUCUUUCUAAGUGAUCAGCUGUGUCCUGUUGCAUUAAUUCUUCAGAUAUUAAAAGCAGGGAAUGUGUCGUAUCAGUUAUAUCCAUUACUUCUGCAUUCUGAAUCUUGCAUUCGAUGAUGACACACACAAACCAGGAUGUAGAUGAGGGAGCUGACUUUGAGAGAAAAGCAAGCAAUUUGGAUGCUAAAAGAAAAGAGGAAGUCAGUUAGAGCUCCAGCAAAAACAAAGGGCAUGAAGAAAUCAAGAGUUUGGAAACCAACAGCGACCAACAACGAUCUGAUCGGCUGAGAAAACAACAGUAGUUGAUGACAGACAAAUCAUAAAAGCUGUGAAAAUGAAUCCUAAAAGACGUGUCUGUAAAAUCACCAACAACUUCCAGAAAGCUGGGGUGAUGCUCUGACAAUCUUCUGUCCUCAGGAGACUUUGACACAGAAUUACAGAUGCUACACAGCAAGAUACAAACCUCUGACCAGCUCCAAAAAUAGAAAGGCAAGAUUAGAGAUGAGACAAAGAUGAACCUUUAUCGAAGUGAUGGGAAAGCAAAAAUGUGGAGAAAAAAACGGAACUGCAAUGAUCCCAAGCAUACAACCUCAUCUGUAAAGCAUGGUGGAGGUGGUGUCAUGGCCAUCUCAACUUUACUGAAGACUUAAUGUAUGAUGACAGUAGCAGAAUGAAUUUGGAAGGGUACAAAACCAUCUUGUCUACCAAUAUUCAAGAAAAUGCCACCAGAUUCAUUGGGAAGUGCUUCAUAUUGCAUCAGGACAAUGACCCAAAACACCCUGCCAGUUCAGUCAAGGAAUUUAUGUGUACAUGAAACAUUGUGCAAACAUUUAUAUAAAUCGUUAUUUACACAAAUAUAUAUGCAAUAUUGUUUAUGAUUGUAACACAGUUCAUAGAUCGGGAAGAAGGAGGCGAAGAAGGCGGGAACCGGCAAACAUUUAAACACUUUAAUAAAAUAAACAAACAUUAAAGUAAAGCGGCAGCCCCUCACGGACGACUGCUGCACACAAAACACAAAUAAAUGUCCAGGCCUGGUCCUCUCUCGUCUUGCACUGUCCUCGCUCCUCCUUUUAUCCUUCCGGAGCUCCUCCGGCCUCGCUCCGUUCCCACGGCUCUCGCCCCGCCCCACUCGCCACAAUGAUAUAUUGUUUAUAUGGUGAUAUUAAUUUGAAAAUGUAGUAAUAUUUUUAUAUUUAAGUGGAAUACUUGAGAACUAAGUUCAAACUGAUUAAUUUUAGUUUAAACAAGUUCAGUCAUGUACAAAAUGUCAUAAAUUAAUAAAAAAUGGAAAAAUUAAUAAAUAAUAAGGAACUAAUGUAAACUUCUUGAACUGUGUGCAGUUUUGUACACUUAACACUUCUUACAACAGCUUUUCUUUUACAUUCCCACUUGUCAGUCUAUAACAAUGUACACAUAAAUCACGGGAAACUCCUGUCACUUAUGUAAUAUCAUUUUAAUAUAAAUUAAAAAUCUGAAAUUGAAUAAUAAUAAUAUUAUUUAAAUAAUUCUGGGUUAGAGGGUUGUGAUGGAAAUUGAGGCACAAAAACAUGCAAAAACAUAUAAAUCAUAUUUCACAAGUGCACUAAAUGUCAUAAAUUAAUACAAAUGUAUGAUUUUUUUUAAAAGAAGGAACUACAGUACUAACACAUCUGAUUAAGAUAGCCAGCUCAUUAGAAGAGAAGUCCAUGCAUGAACUGUGUUCCGAUUGUCACGGUCCCUACGUGUUCAUUGCUCCCUACUCCCUGAGCAUUGGAAAACCAUUGAAUUUUACUUUAAAUCAUUACGUUGAUUUUGUUUUGUGGGUGUACUAGAACAUGCUCUCAUGCUUGGUGGUGUAUUAUUACAAUACCUUUCUCCCCAGCCUGGCACAAACAGCUUGAUUAGUUCCGGGUUUGAUGAAGGCCCGCCUUCCGAAAAACUAAAUGUGUUGUGAUUGGUUAGCUGUCCCAGUGCAUUGUGAUUGGCGAACAGCUUAGACAGUGUUUUAGUACUGCCACGCCCCUUGCCAAAGCAGCAAGUUCCGUCUGCUCCGGUAUAGUUAAGGAUGCCAUCAAUAUUGCGAAUCAAUUUGAGCCGGAUUCAGACCCCCGAGAAUAUUGAACAAGAGGAUCACACAGAACCUUUGCAUGCAUGGAUAUUGCAAGACAUAUUACAGUGGUAAAGUUAUUGUUGUUGUUUUUUGGCUAAAUCACGUUUUAGAUAGGAUGUCAACAACCGCUUAAAAAUAACUGCAUUUACUAUGUACAGAUAAGUGCAACGGUAAUAUGUAUUAUGUUUAUUGUUCUUUAAUUCUAACAUUAUAACAUGAAUUGCAGUGAAACUGUUAUACAGUUGAAUUAAUAUAUGCCAUAGUCCCAGACUUACACUCUAUUUGUGGCAGCAUAUAUAUGCAAAUUCAUUCUCUUUCAGCAGGAGCCGCUGUUGGAGUGGUAGAGAUCGAGGUUUUCACGGUAACGCUGUACACAAAGCAGUGCUCCGCUCCAAUGCUGCUUUAUCAGACAUUACAUGCAAGAUGAAAUGAAAAUGACACCCACAAUUUUCUGAAGACACUCAGUUUCCUUCAGAAAUACAGUGAUAUAAAAACACCCGAUUUUGAAACGUGCAGUGCUCAACCAAGCGUUCUCCCCACAAGCCAACCAUUCGCAUUUCUGUAGGCGGGAUUUAUUUUACUGAUAUUCUAAUGGGCUGCUUUGUGACAUCACAAACACCGGAAAACAACGCUGUAGUCCAAACGGGCCGUUCGUUGUAGUUCUUGAAAAGGGAUUUUUUAAAAAAGGACCCCUUUAACUUUGGAACAUGGAACUGAAAACUGCUGAACUACAGUAAACAAGGAAGUGCUUCUUGAAUUAUUUUCAGUUUUGUUUAUGUGGUUGGCUCAACUUUUUUGCAACACACUUUGUUUUUUGUUUGUUUUGUUGUUGUUGUUGUUUUGUUUUUUGCAUUCCCACAAUUUUGUCUACUAACAAUGUCCUACAUAUACAUAUAUCACUGGAGAAUUCUGUAUUUUAUGCCAUUUUUUCCCAAAAGUUAAAAAUUUAAUAAUAAUAAUUGUUCAAUAAUUCUGGGUUAGAUGGUUGUUCUGGAAAUCACACAACAACUAAGGGACAGAAACAUGCACAAAUAUAUUAAUCAUAUUCACACAAAUAAAUAUUUAAUAUUGUUUAUAAUUCAUUUUUUUUAUCAUAGUCAAAACUGAAAAUGUGGGAUAUUUGAAAAUGUCAAACUUUAUUUAUUUAAUUAUUUUCAUAGACUAUAAGUCACUUCUCUGUGUAAAAUGGCACAUUUUUUUGUAAAAAUGCUAUCCAUCCAUCUUCUUGAGAUGUUCCCUCCUCUAUGGCAGACACCUUCCUUUCCUUCUCCUGUUUUUCCUCAGAAUCGCCUUUUGUGAGGUGCUGCUGUUGCAGAAGCACUUGAUUAAUUUCCUCAAUCUCCUCCAGAUACAGUUCCACAUACAGUUAAACAACCAAUGACGAGCUUAUUCCGGCCCCUUCCCGUCGCUCCAUUGCUCCAUCCUGUCGCACGGCAACCUUUGUUUUGCGAAGUCAGGCUCCAGAGGUGCAGGCAGGAUGCGAAGCUCGCCAUCUUUCCUCUCCAUCCUUCCCUCCACUCUUGCAGAUAAUGAAGUCAACUGUUUGAAAAGGAAAUGGCACCGUUCUUGGUUUUAUGAUAAUUGGCCCAUCUGUCAUUCCAUAAAUAAAGCGGAUCAGCUCAAUGUGUUUGGAGCGAGCGCUGGUGGGAAGCAGGGCAGGGCGCAUCCAGGAAUGACAGGAAAAACAAAUGACUUCCUCCGCUCUGCGGGCGCGGAUUCUUCAAGCAUGAACAUGGAACGUUAUAUGGCGAACGCGAACGGUGAGAGGCGGCUGUUUUUGAAAACAUCUUGCCCUGCAUUAGGAGAUGAUCACAAUAAUGGAAUGAGCAUUUGAAAUGCGUCUGUCGUGUGAACAGCUAUUCUUGGCUGUUUAUCUGAAGAGCAGUGUUCACGGGUGGGUGACGGCUUCAAAUCUCGGAGCCAGAGGGAAGACGGUUGGGUGCAGGUAACCUUGGUGUUCUGAUCCACCGAAGGCUCUGGAGUAACUGGGCUGUUGCAUUGCCAUGGUAACCAACCACUGAUCUGCGAAGUUGUGGUGGAGAGGAGUGGCAGUGACAGAGAAAGUGACAGACACAUCACAGCGCACAGGAGGAGAGGAAGAGUAUAAGAGAGACGGAUAGAGAGAAUGAUAUAUGAAAUGGAGAAAGACACCUGUGGUGGACUGAGUGGGAAAAAAAUGGAGACUAUAUGUGUGUGUGAUUCAUAUACGUUAACUUGGCAAGUAAAGGCCUGCUCACACCAAGAAAGAUAAAUAUAUUUGUAUCCACACCAGAUAACAAUAACGGCCUGUUAAUUCUAAGCUUGCAUGCUGCAGUUUUAAAAGCCAUGUUCACACUAAAAUUUUAGGACUGCCAAACGCACUUAAAUACGUGAGUGAAUCCCCUAAAUAAUGAUUCUGUGUGUGUCUACGAAACAGAAUUUGCUCUCGAAAUUGUGUCAGUUGACACCAUUGUAACCACAGCAAUAUUCUGACAUCUUGCAUGUUUGGUAUCCACUAUCUCUAACCAAAGUAAAAUUACAGCAACCAAACACUCGACAAUUUUGUGGUAGGAUGACUACUUUGCAGAGCGCGCGCUUGAAGGGUUGCCAUGUCCACUGAUUAUAAGUGAUGCUUAUUAUGUUUCUUUGGUCUUGGCUCAUAAAGUGAUCCAGUUUAUGGAGUUAAUAGGGUGGUGCAGGUAUGACGUCAGAACCCGGAAGUCUAAUUCGCCACUAGUUCCUUUGAGAUUUUCCUAUGGGGUUUUAUAAUGUGGUGUUUACAUUUCUGAGUAAAAUAAAGCCUGUGGUAAACAUAACUUGACGAUACUUUCUACAAUGUAAACUGCAUACACCCAGACGGAAAACGUGAAUUUUGAAGCAGUGAUGUUUAUUCUUAACUCUUUCCCCACAAUUGACGGAAUUUUCUGUCAUUUCUGAGACAAUGCUUCCCAGCCAUUGACAGAAAUUUCUGUAAUUUAUGAGACGCUUCUCUGCCAUUGACGUAAUUUUCCGUCAUUUAUGAGACAGCACUUCCCUGCCAUUGAUGGAAUGUUCUAUCUAUAAUGAGACAGCGCUUUCCCGUCAUUGACAGAAUUUUCUGUCAUUUAUGAGACAACACCUCCACUCCAUUGACGGAAUUUUUCAGCUUUACGUGUUUUCACUGGUGUACAGCAGGAGGCACUAUUAUGCAUCUUCUGAAAGAGUGCUGAAUAUCCGGAUCAAAACAUGGCAAAGAAGUACAAACAAGUGAUCGCGUAUUUAAGUAGUUGUAUAUGUAAAAUAAUGCGAUCAUCAAAUAUUAAUCAUUAUAUAAAUUAAAACUUCCUAAUGGCAUCAAAUGAAAUGACGAUUCAAGAAGUGGUAUAAGACUGUGUGAGCUUUGGAUGUGUUGAUGGAAGCAAUCUACUUGAUCUGAAUCUGAUCCAGACGUAUAGACAAAAUACGUCUUUGACAAAAUACUAUUUUCUCAGCUUUUUGUUCAAAUUGUUGCUUUUUUCACGAAACUUACCCACAUUCAAGUGUUAAUAAAACGAUUGCAUCUAAAAUAUUUUUGUUUUGUUUUGUUUGUUUAAACACAGAGGCUUUGUUCUUCGUUUUGAUUUAUUGCAUGUUCAGAUAUUUAUACAACAAAAUAUUCUGGGGGCUCUCAGUAGAAAUUGCGGUUCUAAACCGGACCGAAAGGGCACUUUUACAUUGGCAAUUAAAGGGGCAGGGACUCGAGCCCUAUUUGACUAUUUGAGCUACAAAACUAGUAUGAUCAUAAUAUAUUAAAAUAAUAUGAUAACAAAUACCAGUUUACAGCAUACAUCUUAAAUAUCUGAAAGUGAAUGACACUGGUAGCAUACCUUGCGUGAAUACAUUUCAUGGAAGUCUACAAAUAGAUAUUAACACAUAUGUGACCCUGGACCGCAAAACCAGUCUUAAGUCGCUGGGGUAUAUUUGUAGCAAUAGCCAAAAAUACAUUGUAUGGAUCAAAAUUAUUGAUUUUUCUUUUAUGCCAAAAAUCAUUAGGACAUUAAGUAAAGAUCAUGUUCCAUGAAGAUAUUUUGUAAAUUUCCUACCGUAAACAUAUCAAAACUUAAUUUUUGAUUAGUAAUAUGCAUUGCUAAGAACUUCAUUUGGACAACUUUAAAGGCGAUUUUCUCAAUUUUUUUUCACCCUCAGAGUGGGUGAAAAAUACAUACAGACUUACUGUAUUUUUUAAAAAUUGCUGUAUACUACUGUAUUUGCUGUAACGGUCUCUUUGGCGCCAUUCUGUUGAGGUGGUUUCAUUUUCCUCAUUUCUUACAUUUGGAUUGACACAAUUUGCCCUGGACCGUGUCUAUAAUGCCUCAACAGCUUGGGACUCACUACUGGAUGUGUUACAUCGAUUAUAAUGAUUGGAAAAAUCCAUUUGUACUUAGUGUUAGAAACAGCGCGAGCGCUUGGAGUACAUCUGCACGUCAGAAAUAUACUGGGGCAUCAGUUUACUGUCCGCAUCCAUUGUAGAUAGUAUAAAUAAUGGGUUCUAUAUUGUUGUCUGUUGUCGAGUUGCGCCGCGCCACUCGCGUCCGAGGAAGACACGGAAGCAGCGGGGCAGCGCCACGGGUUUUUCCCGGGGAUGAACCCGCAAGAGUGGAAGAGCUCUGGAGAACAUAUAUGCUGUGUGUCGAUGCACCUUACCAGAGAAUAAGACCAGCAAGCAAGGCAACUGCAAUGAAGCAUCAAGAAAGACAUGAGCAGGCCAGCCACCCUGAGACUGAUAAUUCAUGAGAAGACAUUUCUGUCACUAACAAAGUGGAUGGUGAGCAAAGAUGGUGGCCACGUUUUGGAGCAGCACCUGAGUUUUGUAGAUAGCUAUGUAUUCUUUGGCCGCUUGUCUUUUUUCCCAUUAUGUUUCUGUUGCCUAAAGAUUCUUUGUGAGGAUGAAUCCAGAGGACACAACAUAACGCACUGCAAAACGUCCUAAGACAGGAGAAAUGGUGAAGAUGCACUGUUCCAGCAUUGGAAGUCUGUAUUUUUAAGUGUUAUACAUGCAAUGUUUUAAAUAAAGAAUUUGAUAUUUUGUAA